CACAAUGAUGACGUUGCACUGUCCUCUCCUGACGACAACAAACAUGGAGGAAUAUGCCCGUGAACCUUGUCCCUGGAGGAUAGUGGAUGACUGUGGCGGUGCUUUUACCAUGGGCACAAUUGGAGGAGGGGUGUUCCAGGCAAUUAAGGGCUUUCGUAAUGCCCCUGCAGGUGUCAGACACAGACUGAGAGGGAGUGCAACUGCAGUGAGAAUAAGAGCUCCACAGAUUGGUGGUAGCUUUGCUGUAUGGGGAGGGCUGUUCUCCACAAUCGACUGUGGUUUAGUUCGCCUGAGAGGGAAAGAGGAUCCUUGGAACUCCAUUACAAGUGGUGCACUGACUGGGGCCAUCCUAGCAGCACGCAGUGGGCCAUUAACUAUGAUGGGCUCUGCCAUGAUGGGGGGAAUUUUACUCGCUCUCAUUGAGGGUUUUGGGAUCCUCCUAACCAGAUAUACAGCACAGCAGUUUCAGAACCCUAUUCCCUUUGCAGAUGACCCCAGUCAGUUACCUCCAAAGGAUGGGGGUCAGCAGCAGCAGCAGGGGGCAAAGGGGCAGUUUCAGUAGAGAGCAACAAGGCUGACUAAGGCCAGCUGUGGAUGCAGUGAGUCAGACCAGAGAGUAGGGGGGGCACCAGACAUUACAGCAGGUACCAGGAUGACCAGGAGGUGGAGAUACUGGUCACUACAGUGGUGUCAAGUAGUAGCAAUGUGUGCUUAUACCUCAGGGGCAAAUUACUGUGAGUUUUAGUUAUUUUUGAGUGAAUGUUUGUAUGUGAACAAAAAUCCUUCUGACAAACCUCAUGUUCUCCAGCAUCAUAUGCAACCUUUUCUUUGUUAAUGGUUAUUCUGUCUUCACUGUGACACUUUUGGGUUAAAUAUGCAGUUGUGAAAUGAAUGUAAAAUUGUAUUUGAUUAUUUGACAUCUAGGCAACAUCUGUAUAUUGAAGGAAUAGUUUUGGCAAAUAGGCUUAUUUACUAUUUCUUGCUGAGAGUUAGAUGAGAAGAUCAAUACCACUCUCAAGUCUGUUUGAUACAAAUGUAGCUGGAGCCAACAAAAUCCACCUAUCAGCACCCUAAAGCUCACUGAUGAACAUGUUUUAUCUCAUGUGUUUAAUUUGUACAAAAACAAAAGUAUAAAAAUUAUAAUUUGUUGUUUUUACUACUUGCUGGAGUCUUGUCAUCGCUGUGAAGUUGUCAGGUAACCAGUGGAGUUGGCAUCCAUCUUCUCAUGUAACUCUUGGCAAUACAGCGAGUAAGUGUAUUUCCCACAACUAUUUCUUCCAGCUUCCAAAGAGUUUGCACUUGAAUGCAUAUAUUUAGUAAAUAGUGUAGUUUUAAUAGCUGCAAAGGAGACAGGUAGAGUAAUAAGGAAAAUCAGAUGUCUGUGACAUUACAUCAUCGUGUUGGUUCAGUGAGGUUUUACCAUGGAGAGUGCUAGUCUGUUAAGUCUUUUAUUAUGUGUCAGCUGUGACAAUCGAUGCAAAUUGAUGUGUGUUUUUAAGUGAUCUGUGUGCUUAAGAUGGAUCUAGGCUCAACAAAACCUCAUUCCAUUCUUUGCAGUUCGGUGUUGCCUCACCCGGCAGCUUUUAUAAUUUCCUUUUUUAAUAAUAAUAAUGAUCUUACAUAUUAGAAGGAUAAGUACAGAUGUAUUUUCUGCAAAACUGAAAAAUACGAAUGAGUUCCUUGAAAAGUAUGGCUUGAAUUACUUAUAUUUCGACAGUUUAUCCUGCACCCCUCGUCACUUUAAUCACUGCAUUAUCCGCCAGACAACCAGCACUUUUUAAGCUCCAUCUCUCUGUUUUCUUAAACUGGUAGCAUCUGCCACAGCAGAGAGAUGAUGCAGCAUGACUCUGUGUUUUGCUGUCAAAUUAUGUAUAGAAACAAUGUUUAUUUUAUGUGUUGUCUUAAUAUAUUUAUCUCGCAAAAGUUGAUAAUAAAGAUAUCAAAUGUUCUUUAA